AGGCUUGUAGGACCGGGAAGCCAUCCGCGUGCGGGAAGAUCAGACCCCGAGGGAGUAGGUUUAGGGACCGAAAGCAGAAUUGGGCAUUGGGAGGGAUAGCAUCACGUGUCAGGCGCGAAUGUAGAGGGUCCUGGUGCAGGGCUCCGGAUUGGAAAGAUUGGAAAGAGGCGGGAGGUUCCUGUGGGGAGCAGGCCCUACAGGGUCACUAGGUGGCUUCGGUUACCGGAGAUUUACCGCUCGGCUCGCCGUAGCCCUUGCUGCGGGGUUAGGUUGGGAACAGACCUGGCGAACAAAUUUUCAGGGUGGGGAGAUGGAAGGUGUCGAGUCAGGUAAUUUACUCUGAACAGAGGGAGGUAAGAACAGAGUCUGCGUCAGACUAAGUAAGGGCUGCUCUGCGGAGCCCAUAGGGGCAGUCCAGGUACUUAAUUGAGGGGGCCAGGCGGAGGAGAUGACUUUGUCUGUCGGCUCUGAGACAGGUGAUACUGGGGAGGAGAGAAGAGAUAUUAUCAUCCCAUGCAGUACACCCCAGUCUCCCAGUCCAUUUCCUAAUUUUCAGAUUAUGGUGACAUGCUCCCUUGCUUUGCUCUUCAGUUGCAGGUCCCGAUCUUUGAGUACUCCGGGAGCUGCUCUCCAACCCCUGCUUCUGAACCUAUGGAUUCUCCAUCUAGCGUUUCUUCCUGUUCUUCCUAUUCUCUCUCUUCCUCUUUUUCCACCUCCCCAGUGAACAGUGACUUUGGUCUCCCCUCCGAUAGUGAGAGGGAGGACAAAGGGGCCCAUGGCCCCAGGCCAGACACUGUUGGGCAGAGGGGAGGUUCUCGGCCACGGCCCGGUCCUAUCCGCUCCAGGCAACGGCCCAAGGUCUCCAGCAACCAACAUACAACAUCUUACUUGGAACAGCGGGGCUUGGCCUCUCCUAUGGCAGGAUCUGGGGUCAAAAGAUCAAGAGACGGUGAAUUACAGACCACUGUAAACAUCCAGGGUUGUAUCACAAAAGGAGACCUGCUUUUUGCUCAGAAGUGUAAAGAGCUCCAAGGUUUCAUCCGCCCUCUCACAGACCUACUGAAUGGGCUGAAGAUGGGUCGAUUUGAGAGAGGAUUGAGCAGUUUCCAGCAGAGCGUGGCAAUGGACAGGAUCCAGCGUAUUGUAGGUGUUUUGCAAAAGCCCCAGAUGGGGGAGCGUUACCUAGGAACCUUGCUACAGGUGGAAGGGAUGUUAAAGACUUGGUUUCCUCGUAUAGCUGCUCAGAAGUCAUCUUUGGGCAGUAGCAGGCACAAGCUGACCAAGCAUUUUCCAAGCCACCACAGCCAUCCAGCUGCUUCCUCUCCUGCACCUCCCACGGAAAAGAUGGACCAGACACAGCUAGGACAUCUAGUGUUGAAAUCGAAGCAGCCUUGGCACCUCACAGAAUGGCCAGCCAUGCACCUCACUUGGACCCACACCACUCCAAUUUGCAACCCACCCCUCGGUUCCCCAGGUACCAUUUCCCUGAGCCACGGUCCUUUAGGCACUGGAGCCAGCAUCGGUAUCAUCCUUUUUGUCCAGCACGGAGUACAGCCCUUCACCCACUCUGCCCCAACCACUUCAGUUCUACCUGCUACAGCAUCGCCUGUCAUCCCCAGUGCUCCUAAGAAACUCUCUGGAGAGGGACCUCCUUGCCACAGUUUGCCAGUAACUCUGCCAUCAGACUGGAGCUGUACCCUGUCCCACCCUGGUCUACCCACCAUGGCCAGAGAGAUGACUGGGAGACAUCUAGAGCAGAUGAGAAGCCAUCCUUCAGUUGCCCCUGAUGUCCAUUCUUUUUAA